AUGCCUCAUGCCUCAGGCACUUCCAAGAUCACUGGACUGUCUAAAUCAAUCAUCUCACACAGCUUCAGAGGACGGCAACGCCAAUCACGAGUUCUUACGGCUGGAAAACAGCACCAGCGCAUGGGGGCAGCAGAUGCACUCCGCCAAUCUGAACUUCAAGAAAUGUCAGCGGAAGAUCGGGAUGUAGUCGAGAGCAUGGUCGCCGACCAUGGCAUGGACAUCAAGACACUACCAUAUACAGCACCUCCGGGAGACGAGGGCUUUGGUAUAAGCCAUGAAGGUGGUGAACACGAGGCAUUUGAAGGACUGGCGCAUCAGAUUGCUGACAUUGGUGGAUAG